AGACUUAAUUUAAUCGCGAGCGAAACGUUUCGUGAUAAAGGGACUAACUACCCGAAGCUACCUCAUAGGUUGUACUCGCGUAUCUUCUUUGGGUCUGAUAAGACGGUUGUCACAAAGGACACCGGGGCCAAAUGUUGAAGUUUAAAAACUGACGAGCCUAACACCAGUUUGGGAAGUUUUUUUCCACUUCAUUGAUUAUUUGGGGUUUGUGGUAGGGACUUUAUUUUCUUCUGUCGUACAAGUUUGGCGAACAUCUGACCUGUGAGCUAAACGUUGAUAACUUGGAUUAAGCGACUUUCGUUAACGGGACACAAAUUUAAGUGUGGAUAUAUAGUUUUCGGGGUGUUUUUCUCCUUUUUCUACAUCCAAUCUCAGCUCAGGAGUCUUCCUCGUCUGACCGACACUGCCUGCCUCGCAGCCGCCCGCCAGUGAGAAGUCUGAAUGGAGUUCCAGAAAGCCCACGAGUUGUAGCUCCCUCAGCAGGAUGCUGAUGAGGCAAAGUAUACUUCUGCUUCUGGCUUUAUUGGCCCAAGUUUUAAGGACCCAGUGCCGGCCUGCCAACACUGAUGAAGUGUCUGUGCAACCGCAAGCGAAGCUGUUCACACUCUAUCUUGGAGGCCGUCUGGAUCUGAAUUGCUCUGUCAGGGACUCCCUCCAUGCUGUCAGCUGGACCAAAGACCAUGUCAUUGUAGUGGAUGGAGAACACACACGCAUCCACAAUGGCCAGCUAGAGAUUGAGACUGUGGAGCUGAGCGACUCUGGUCUGUAUGCAUGCACCACCUUCGGCAACCACAGCGACUACUUCAAUGUCACAGUUGAUACCCUGGCGUCAUCUGAGGAUGAGGAUGAAGAUGAAGAGUCUUCAUCAGAGGAAGCCAAACUGCUGGGCAGUCAGAAACUGCUCCCCAUGGCUCCACAAUGGGCUCAUCCAGAAAAAAUGGAGAAAAAACUCCAUGCUGUCCCAGCUAGUAAGACGGUGAAGUUUCGAUGCCAGGCCAGCGGCAACCCGACUCCCACUCUGAAGUGGUACAAGAAUGGCAAGGAGUUCAAGAGGGACCACCGCAUUGGAGGCUUCAAGGUCCGUGACCACGUGUGGACCAUCAUCAUGGAAUCUGUAGUUCCCUCUGACAAGGGAAACUAUACCUGUGUGGUGGAGAACCAGCAUGGCAGCAUCAAUCACACCUACCAGCUAGAUGUAGUGGAGCGCUCUCCACACAGGCCUAUUCUGCAGGCUGGCCUCCCAGCUAAUCGCACUGCAGUGGUGGGCAGUGAUGUGGAGUUUGAGUGCAAGGUGUUUAGCGACCCUCAGCCUCACAUCCAGUGGCUGAAGCAUACUGAAGUCAAUGGGAGCCGUAUUGGUCCUGAUGGUUUACCGUAUGUCCGUAUCCUCAAGAACGCUGGCCUUAACACCACGGACAAGGAAAUGGAAAUCCUCCAACUGAGAAAUGUGUCUUUUGAUGACGCUGGGGAGUAUACCUGCUUGGCGGGCAAUUCUAUCGGGUUCUCUCAUCACUCUGCAUGGUUGACCGUUUUUGAAGCUGUCCCAGACUACUCUUCAGCCAGCCACAAGUACAUGGAGGUGGUCAUCUACUGUGUGGGCUUCUUUAUCAUUGCUGUCAUGAUUGCCAUCACAGUUAUCUUCAAGAUUCGUAAGUCCUCAAAGAAGAGUGACUUUAAUAGUCAGCUGGCCGUCCACAAGCUGGCCAAAAGCAUCCCCCUGCGCAGACAGGUAACAGUGUCUGUGGAUUCAAGCUCCUCCAUCCACUCUGGAGUGAUGCUGGUUCGUCCUCCCCGCCUCUCUUCCAGUGGCUCUCCAAUGCUGUCAGGGGUGUCCGAGUAUGAACUGCCCCAGGAUCCCCGCUGGGAGUUUUCCCGGGACAGACUUGUUCUUGGGAAGCCGCUGGGUGAAGGUUGCUUUGGACAGGUGAUGAUGGGAGAGGCUCUGGGUCUCGACAAAGAGAAGCCAAACCGCGUUUCGAAGGUUGCUGUUAAAAUGUUGAAGUCUGACGCCACAGAGAAAGACUUGUCAGACCUGAUUUCAGAGAUGGAGAUGAUGAAGAUCAUUGGGAAACACAAGAACAUCAUUAAUCUGCUGGGAGCCUGCACACAGGAUGGUCCUCUGUAUGUGAUAGUAGAAUAUGCAUCCAAGGGUAACUUGCGGGAGUAUUUGCGAGCUCGCCGGCCACCAGGGAUGGAGUACUGUUACAACCCGGACCAGGUUCCCGUGGAGAACGUAUCUAUAAAAGACCUGGUGUCCUGUGCUUACCAAGUUGCCCGAGGCAUGGAGUAUUUGUCUUCCAAAAAGUGCAUCCACAGAGAUCUUGCCGCUCGCAAUGUUUUGGUAACGGAGGACAACGUGAUGAAAAUAGCUGACUUUGGCCUGGCAAGAGAUAUCCACCACAUUGAUUACUAUAAGAAGACCACCAAUGGUCGUCUACCAGUCAAAUGGAUGGCUCCCGAGGCUCUGUUCGACCGUAUAUACACACACCAAAGUGAUGUCUGGUCCUUUGGGGUGCUGCUCUGGGAGAUCUUCACCUUGGGAGGGUCUCCGUAUCCAGGUGUCCCAGUGGAAGAGCUGUUCAAGCUGCUCAAGGAAGGUCACCGAAUGGACAAGCCCUCAACAUGCACUCAUGAACUGUACAUGAUGAUGAGGGACUGCUGGCAUGCUGUGCCUUCUCAGAGACCCACUUUCAAGCAGCUGGUUGAGGACCUGGAUCGCUCCCUGACCAUGACAUCAAACCAGGAGUAUUUGGAGCUCUCAGUGCCUAUGGACCCAUAUUCCCCAAAUACCCGCAGCUCGACCUGCUCCUCCGGCGAGGACUCUGUCUUUUCCCACGAUGCUGGAGCUGAGGAGCCCUGCCUGCCAAAGUUCCCUCCCCACUCCACUGGUACAGCUAUAAAGAAACGCUGAUACCUCCUCUCCAUUCAGACAAACAUUGACACUUCCUCCACUCCCUGCCUCAUGGGGUUGGACUCGUCCCCACAUUCCCAGAGAUGAAGCUACAAAAAAACACUGGUGCUCUGAGAGAAAGGAGCUUGGAGACACCUUGUAGAACUUGUUGGAUCACAUGGACUGAGGAGCACAGCCGUUUUCCUGUUCUUGGUGGUGACAAUAUUUAUGGGACACUUUGUUUUAACAGGAGUGGCAGCUUAUCACUGUCUGAAAAGAGCAGACUCUGCGCUCAACUUGGGACAUUUCAGUGGUUCACGAGAGCGCAAAGGGCUGACUGUGAUUCUGUCAGGCUUUUGGUUGUUUCCCCGCCCUCGGUCGUUUCAUCAGUAGCAAAGGACAGCAUUCUGCUUUUUAGACCAAAUCAAGAGAAAACACUAAAGGAUAUCCAUCACCUUGGUCCAUGGCAUCAUUCACUCUGUUGUAAAUACAGUUAGAAAAUUAUAAAUAUGAAUAUAUAUUUACUGUACUAUUAUUUUCUUACCAUAAUUGAUUUUUCUUUUGUACAAAGAUGCAGGGUUUUGUUUGAUCAAUUUUUGAGUACAGUCUGUAGUGACAGUGAAAACAAAAUCUUAGUCUGAGGAUUACAUGGCCAGUUUUUUUUUGUUUUUUUUUGCUGUAUCACAGCUAUGAUUUUUUUUUCCCUCUAAAUUUACUGCGUAAUUAUCAAUGGAAAUAUGUGUAUUGGGUUUUCUCCAGCAGAAGAAAUAGAUUUAUGAACAUUUUUGGUGUGUUUGUGACUAUGUAUACACUGGGGGGAGUAUUUUUAUCUUGUCUCAUUGAGAAUCCUUCAUUUAUUUUAAGGAUGGUCACAACUCGACAUAUUCCUGGUUGUACGUUGUGAUUGUUGGAGCCCAAAGUAAUUUGUAUCUGUCAACAUGCACUUCCAUUGUGCAUGUUCAUGUGAUGAAUGUAUGUUCUGUUGUAAUUGCUUUAACAGGAGUUACAUUUGCCGUCAUAUAACUUCUGAUGAAGGGUUGCAAAACAUGUAUGUCAUAAAAAGGAUUACUUUAAAUAAAAUUCAAUUGGAAAAACUGC